AUGGAGGAGGUGGCUGGGAAUGCCCCAUGCGAAUACUUUGAGGCCAACGUGCUUGCCCAGAGCUGCUGUCAAAAUUGCUUCUACCCUGAGGAGGCCCACAGACCAAGGCACCAGUGUGGCCGGGCUGUGGCCUCAGCCCUGGGCGCUGAGCUCCGGGGUCCCCGGGGAGCCCGCGCCCAGCCUCCCCCCUCCCUGCCGGGCUCUCAGGUUUCUGCCGCCUCGGCCGCGGCCGCCACGGCCCAGAGUCGGGGCCUGGGAGGGCGGCAGCGUGGGGGCCUGAGCCGGAGCCCCCCGGGGACGAGGGUGCUGACAGCCGACAGCCGCCACCGCCAGAGCCCGCCGGCCAGGGGCCAGUCAGCAGGGUCCUCCGCAGAGGCCCCCGCAGGGGCCCCCACAGCUGCCCCUGGACACCGGAGCCAGGAGCCGGAGACAGUGCCCUAUCUGGGGGGUCUGGCCUCCUCCCUGGGAGGCAGCUCCGACGAAGGCCCUGAGUCUGGCACCAACUCCAGCCCUGACUGCGACACCCCUGAUGAUCCCAGCGACUCGUCCUCCGUGGACUGGGACACUGUUGAAAGGCCGGAGGAGGCCUCCAGUGGGGACGAGCUCACCGUGAUGAUCCCGAGGAAGCCCCAGGAAGGGCCAAGAGCUGACAGUGCCCGAAGGGCUCCAUCUCUCCUCACCCGGUCCCCUGUGGGAGGGGAUACUGCAGGCCAGAGAAAGGAAGACACCUGCAGUGGGAGCCGAAGUGCUGGACAGCACUGGGCGAAGCUCCGGGGAGAGAGUGGGUACUUCUUGGAGCGGCACCGGUCGGCACUAACCCCGGCUUCCUGUGAGACACCGCAGGGCGGACCUUGCAGCGCCACCCCCCAGGCUUCCUCUCUUCAUCGUUCUGCCCAGAGGGAUGUUGCCCAGACUGCUUCCACACAGUUCGAUACCCCCCAAGCCUCCUCUCCCACACAAAUUGCCCAGCGGGACAAACCCAGAACCUCAUCCACCCAACAGGACAUCCCCAGGACCUCUCUCACACAGCACAACACCCCCAGAGCAUCCUCUCCCUCAAGAAUCGCGCAACGGGAUAACCCCAGAACCUCCUUUGUCCAACGAAACAGUCCUCGAGUUUCCUCUCCCACCAGAGCCACCCAACAAGACAACUCUAGAACCUCUUCUAUUCAACAGGACAACCCUCAGACUUCUUUUCCCACAUGUAUUCCCCAGAGGGACAACCCCAGAGCCUCCUCUCCCAAUAGAACCAUCCAACGGAGCAACCCUAGAACAUCCUGUGCCCAACUGGACGAUCCCAGAGCCCUCUCUCCCAACAGAACCACCCAACGGGACAACUCCAGAACAUCCUGUGCCCAACGGGACAAUCCCAGAGCCCCCUCUCCCAACAGAACCACCCAGCGGGACAGCUCCAGAACAUCCUGUGCCCAACGGGACAAUCCCAGAGCCCCCUCUCCCAACAGAACCAUCCAACGGGACAACUCCAGAACAUCCUGUGCCCAACGGGACAAUCCCAGAGCCUCCUCUCCCAACAGAACCACCCAGCGGGACAACUCCAGAACAUCCUGUGCCCAACGGGACAAUCCCAGAGCCCCCUCUCCCAACAGAACCAUCCAACGGGACAACUCCAGAACAUCCUGUGCCCAACGGGACAAUCCCAGAGCCCCCUCUCCCAACAGAACCACCCAGCGGGACAACCCCAGAGCUUCUUGUAUUCAACAGAACAUCCCCAGAACCUCUUCUACCCAACGGGACAACCCUAAAACCUCUUAUACGCAAUGGAAUAACCUUAGAACCUCUUAUACUCAACGAGACAAUCCACAGUCUUCCUCUCGGCGGGACAACCCUAGAACUUCCUCCCCUCGAUGCUGCACACAACGGGACCAUCCCAGGAAUUCUUCUCCCCAUCGUACUAACAAAGAUAUUCCCUGGGCCUCCUUUCCUCUCCGCCCGACCCAGACUGAAGGCCCCCGAACCUCUUCCCCAUCUCGCUCCAAGCAAAGUGAGGUUCCCUGGGCCUCCAUUGCCCUUCGGCCAACCCAAGGGGACAGGCCUCCUCAGACCUCAUCUCCUACUAGGCCAACUCAGCGCGACCCACCUCUCUCCUCCUCCGGAUCUACUCGACACAACUCACCAUCUCCAGCCGCUUCCUCCUCCCGUAACCCGGGCCCCCACAGUGCCUCUCGGACUUCUUCACCUCUGUACCCUGCUACCCGCGGGGCACCCCAGACCUCUUCUGAGCCCUCCCAGCCUCCAUGUUCUGUGUGUAUUGGGCAUCGGGAUGCCCCUCGAGCUUCUUCACCUCCUCGCUAUUUGCAACAUGACCCCUUCCCCUUCUUCCCAGACCCCCAUGCACCUGAGAGUGAAUCGCCCCACCACAAUCCCCCCUAUAUACCUCCACCCGUGUGCAUUGGACACCGGGAUGCCCCCCGGGCUUCUUCACCCCCCCGCCACACCCAGUUUGACCCCUUCCCCUUCCUCCCGGACACAUCAGAUGCUGAGACUCAGUCCCCCCAGCAUUACCUUCCUCAGUUCCCCCCACCUGUGUGUAUUGGGUACCGUGAUGCACCCAGGGCCUCCUCCCCGCCACGCCAGCCCCCAGAGCCCUCCCUGUGUUUCCAGGAUCUUCCCAGGGCCAGCACUGAGAGCCUUGGCCCCUCCACAGACUCUCUGCACGAGCAGCCCCACAUGCCCACCCCCGUGUGUAUUGGGCACCGGGAUGCACCCUCCUUCUCGUCCCCACCACGCCAGGCCCCUGAGCCCUCCCUCUUCUUUCAGGAUCCCCCAGGGACUAGUAUGGAGAGCCUGGCCCCCUCCACUGACUCUCGGCAUGGCUCCCCAGUGCUGCCCCCCCAAGUGUGCAUUGGGCACCGGGAUGCACCUAGAGCCUCCUCCCCACCCCGCCACCCCCCCAGUGACCUAGCGCUCCUGGAACCCUCACCUCCGCCAGGCAGCUCGGGGGGCUCCCGGGGCUCAGCAGCCCCUGGGGAGACCAGGCACAACUUGGAGAGGGAAGAGUACACCGUGCUGGCUGACCUGCCCCCACCCAGGAGGCUGGCGCAGAGGGAGCCAGGGCCCCAGUGCAGCAACGGGGGCCGCACCCGCAGCCCUGGCCGAGCAGAGGUGGAGCGCCUCUUCGGGCAAGAGCGCAGGUGA